UUGCCUCCAUUUUGUCUGCUUUCAUUUGUCAGUCACGAAGCCAAAGCUCUUGCCUUAUUGCCCAGUGGUAUGUCCCUUCAUAUCCGCCCUUCCCUUUUGGCUUUUCUUUUCCGUCUGUUCUUUUGCAGUCCCCAUCUUUUUUAAUAGACAGAAACAACUCAUACAUAACCCCUUGGCUUUUCCUCUCUCAGCAUCUUCUGCUUAUAUAUUCCAUUCUUUUAACAUCCUACGACUCUUCAUUAUUCUUCAUAUUUGCUUUCCACCCACUAAGCCUCCUCUACUCGGUUUAUACUGUCCAUUAGCAGGUUUUGAGUUUCCAGUUUCUGUUGAAUUCUGUUUCCAACUUGUUGGAUGAGAUUGAAAAGUGGAUUUUAUGAGUGAAAAAAGACAAUUGAUUUCAACGAGUACUAUAUUUCUGGUCUCCUCAAAUUUAUCUUUGCAACAGUACUCAGCAUACAGUGGGGAACUCUAAUAGCAUAAAGAUAUGGCAUCAUCUUUGGAGGAACUUCUUGCAGAGGAAGGGUUUAGAGGAAGAAAAUCAGUCACGAAAUCCAGAUCAUCCAACAGAUUAGAAUCUUCGAGCAAGACAGAUUCUCCAUUUAGCUACCGAGUUAAGACUGAGAGAACAAGGUCCGAUGCAUCUCGGUAUAGCUUGAAAGGUGAAUUGUCAACAAGUGAUAGUACUACACAUAGGAGGCCAAGAGAUUAUCUUGUUAGAAGAGAGAAACUGAAUGCUGAAUUGAAGAAAGAAAAUAAAGGCAGACUUGAAGGAAGAGAUUUUGAGAUUGUUGAGGAAGAAACUGAGAGAGUAAAGGAUGUAUUUGCCAAGGUAGGGCGACAUAGCUUAGGGAGAAGAGAUAAGAGGAAUGAUAAUGCUUCUACUAAACAUCUACUUAGCCGAAGAAGCUAUAGUGAUAAGCAACAAAACAGCCUGAAGCAGCAGGGUGCUGCUUAUGGCAUAUCUAAUAGAGGCUCACAAAAUAGAAAAAGCUAUAAAGAUGGCCAGCCCGAAAAGUGUGAUGAUUUGGUACCAACAGUUCCUCAACCUGCACUCGAUGAAGUUGCUGUUCAAGCUAUUGUAUCCAUCUUAAGUGUCUAUAUUGAACGCUUUCUCCAAGAUGAGGAAUAUCAGACUGCCCUUCAUCUCAAAUGUUUUUCUUCCUUCAACUUUAUCAGAUUACAAGACUAUGACAUUGAAGAAAAAGUCAUUGUCAACCUUGAACAAGCAAUUCAGAUUGUAGAAAAAGCUGUUAGAGAGUCUGUAAGUGCAAGGGAAUUGAAAAAAGCUUCAUUGCAGCUUAGUGUGAUAACUGGUUUGAACUCAAAUGAUCUGAAGGAUGGCUUCGUGCACGGGGCUCCUUAUGCUAUGCUGUCCUCAUGUGCUCAUCUUUACCUCAGUGUGAGAUAUAAGCUACAGAAGAAAGACAGGAUUUCUGCAAGGCAUCUUUUGCAAGUGUUUUGUGAUUCACCUACUCAGGCACGGAUGAAUCUGUUGCCUGAACUGUGGGAAGAUGUAUUUUUUCCACAUCUUUCACAUCUUAAGGGUUGGUACAAUCAAGAAGCUAGUUCUCUAUCAGAUGCACCAAACAGGGAGAGGAAACUGAAGCUUCUUGAGAAAGUGUACAAUGAAAUUAUGGAUUCUAGCACUUACCAAAUAGCUGCUUAUUACAAGGAUUGGCUCUCAGAGGGGGUUGAAGCUCCUCCUUUUCCUUCCAUCCAUGUUCCAUCCAUAUCAGUUGGAAACAUUCAGCAUGAGGAUUCACUUGCUCAUUCUCCAGAUCUAGCUAGUCCAACUAGUCCUUGUUCAGCGCAGCCAAUGGUGAGUAAAAAGUUAUAUGAUGCUGUAUUUGGACGAUCCAGUAAACCUGGACUAGAGGAAACCGAAGAUAAUGAGUCACAUUACUAUGAUACAUGUGGGAGAAGCUCAGAUGGCUCUACUAUUUAUGUUAAACAAACAUUAACAUGCUCUUCAGAGACAGUUAAAUAUCCAUACCAAAAUAAUGGUGAAGCUUCCUCCAAAAGUCCGCAGGAUGAUGCAUCCUUUCUUAAUUUAAAUAUGCUGCAGGAAGAUGGCAGCUCCUCAACAGCUGAGGAAGAAUGGAGACUGCCAGGACCAAGUAUAUUGCAAGUAAAAGAAGCUUAUAAUACAUUGCAGUCAACUGCACAAGAUUACGAUAAGCUGCAUGCACCUGUUCUUUUAACUGCCAAUGAACUCAUGCUCAAGAGGCUAGCACAACCUGCAUUUGAGUUGCAACAAACUAGGAUCACAUAUGAUCUUACUCUCUCUGGUCCUCCAAAUCUUAGUGAGGAUCCGCAUCACAAUUCUAUUGCAAAUCCAACUACAGUCAGGCCUACUUUUGAAGAGUUGCAUGAAACUUACAGACGUUUUCAUGAAGAAUCCUCAUUCUCAAGCAUACACAAUGACUUUAUUUGCCCUCUGACAGGAAAGUUUUUCGAAGACCCAGUGACCCUGGAGACGGGUCAAACCUUUGAGAGAGUAGCCAUCAAGGAGUGGUUUGAUCAGGGAAACAGAACUUGUCCAGUAACAGGAAAAUUGUUGGAAUAUCUGUCUGUUCCACUAACCAACAUUAUUUUGAAACAUGUAAUCGAUAGUUGGAAAUUGGAAAUUUGUAGGAAAAACUUGGCAUUGGCCUUUCUGAUAGUUGGUAACUCAAGGGAAAAUGGCUUACCAGGGAGAGAGGAAGCAGCUAUAUUCAUGUUAGACCAAUUUCUUACUACUUUAAGCAAAGAAGAAAGAACAAGGAAUACCAAACACCUAAUUUCUCUUGGGGGUUUACCAUUUCUUCUUCAAAGGUUUAAAGCUGGAAAUGUGGAAGAGAAAAUACGUAUUGCAGCAGUUCUUUCCUGCUGCAUUGAAGCAGAUUCAGUUUGCAGAUAUCACAUAGCAAGAGACGUUAACAUAAGAUGUCUAUUUGAGCUGGUUUGCAGCAAUCAAGUUAACUUGAGAACAAAUGCGGUAUUGUUACUUACAGAACUGAUAUGCUUGAGCAGGAGGAAAUAUGUCCCACUACUUCUAAGUGAGUUACAGAGUGAAGAGAUAAUGAAUAUUAUGCAUGCUCUUCAUGAUCAUCUCCUAAAUUCUCCUCCUAUCCAAAGACCCUUGGUUGCCACACUUUUGUUGAACAUAGAUCUGCUGGUAGAUCCUCGAAAAUAUGGCUUAUACAGACAAGAGGCUGUUGAUGCCAUUACAGAAGCAUUAGAUAGCAGCUUGAUUGAUGGGGAGGUUGGAGAAAAAUGUUGCAAAGCACUACUUAUGUUGGGUGGACGUUUUUCUUUGUCAGGAAAGUUAUUGAUAGAGGAUUGGAUUCUGAAGAUAGCUGGGUUCAAUGAUGGUCCAGAAGUGAACUCUAUUGAAAAGGAAGAGGAUUUAGAUAUUGGUGACAGUAUUAUAUUGCAGGAAGAUGAAGAAUGUGCCAUUGCAGAGUGGUUGAGGAAUUUGUCAGCAUCACUAGUUGGAAGUGGCAAAGUAUCAUUUUUAGAGGCAAUCUCAAAGUGUUUAGGGUCAGGAAACCGGGAUCUGGUGACUGCCUGCCUAACUAGUGUUGCGUGGUUGACCAGUGCACUUCCCUUACAAACUGAUGCUGAGUUGCAGCGGACCUUAUGCUCACUUAUCUCCCACCUGAAACAAAGCCUGGAAAAUGGUGCACGACUUCAACAUAAGAUUCUUGCUUCAAUGUCCUUGCUAAACUUGAGUAAAAUUUCAGAAUGCAGGGUCUUGCUAAUGGCAAUUGCAGAAGAGAUGCUGGUUCCUUUAAGAAGCCUUGCUGAUAUAACAUGGACAGCAAAGGAGCUACACGGCAUAAUUUCUGGAGCAGACCUCUAAAUGCAGGCAUAUAAUAUGUUACUAUAUAAAAUAUUCCAGUUUGAUAAAUACCAUAUGUUGCUGUAAAGAUGUAGAGAAAGUUUUAGUUUUCUAAGUGAUUCGUACAAUCAACUAUUGAUAGUAUUGUCAUCACGACAUUGUCAAAAGCAAUAGAAAGACUUUCUGGUGA